AUUCCUCUGAAUGGAGGCGGCCGAAAGGGAGCGCGUGUCCGAAAGCUCAAGAGAGAGCAGCGGCCGUGUGGAUUAAACGGGCGACAAAGCCUGUACAGUGGUACCUCAGAUUACAGACGCUUCAGGUUACAGACUCCGCUAACCCAGAAAUAUUACCUCGGGUUAAGAACUUUGCUUCAGGAUGAGAACAGAAAUCGUGCAGCAGCAGCAGGAGGCCCCAUUAGCUAAAGUGGUGCUUCAGGUUAAGAACAGUUUCAGGUUAAGAACGGACCUCCGGAACCAAUUAAGUACGUAACCUGAGGUACCACUGUACCUUAUAUGAAAGGGGGCCGGGGGGGGGGAGGAGAGAAACAACAGGACGACCCUCCUCCGUCGGAUGCAUUGAUUGAAAUCGGACCGCCCCAAGUAUAGAUAUAUCUUCCAUCAUGGUGGGCGAGAGGAGAAAUGGAAAUCUGCUGGUGCAUCUUGGGCCCAAACUGCAGGCCUAUCCCGAGGAGCUAAUCCGGCAGCGCCGUGGCCACGAUGGCCACACCGAAUACUUGAUUCGCUGGAGCAUCCUUAGCUUGGAUGACAGCCUAGGCAACAGCGCCAAUGCUGCUUCCUCCGAGAGCAAAACGGAGAAUAUUCUGAUGUGGAUGUCGGCAGAGGAGGUUUAUGCCAACUGCCCCACACUGCUGGGCAAGAGGAAACCUGAGGGGCAGCGGGUAAAGGAGGAAAAAGCACCUAGCACAUUCCCAUCUGACGUCACUCUGGAUGAGGCCUCGCUGCUUGAGAUGAAGGCUGAUGUCAGGAACCUGGUGCAGCGGGCUGCUCGGCAAAUGGCCAGGACUACAGGCCCAGAGUCCUCCAUCCUGAACACCAUCCAUGUGCUCAGUGCCUAUGCCAGUAUUGGCUCGUUGACAGGUGUCUUCAAAGAGACAGGUGCUCUGGAUCUGCUGAUGAAGAUGCUGUGUAAUGAGGAGAAGCAGAUUCGCCGAAGUGCUGGGAAGAUGCUGAGGGCCCUGGCUUCCCAUGACGCAGGAAGCCGAGCGUAUGUUCUCUUGUCCCUGAGCCAGCAGGAUGGCAUUGAGCAGCAUAUGGAUUUUGACAGCCGCUAUACUCUCUUGGAGCUGUUUGCAGAGACAACAUCUUCCGAAGAGCACUGCAUGUCCUUUGAAGGCAUCCAUCUCCCUCAGAUUCCAGGGAAGCUGCUGUUUUCUCUGGUGAAGCGCUAUUUGUGCGUCACCUCCCUCAUGGACAAGCUGAACAGCACCACAGAACUGGGAGGGGAACGCCAAGACUGCGCAGCCCCCAGCGCAAACUUUGGGGAAAAGAGUCGGGUGCAACGGGAGUUUGACUUCAGCAUGGCCAUGGCGAACCUCAUUUCGGAGCUGGUGCGGGUCAUGGGGUGGGACCGCAGCCAGGAAAGGGAGCUUUCCCUCAGGGAGACGCAGCCUCGAGUCGUCCGCUCCAUCUUCCAGCCCAAGGGUUCCACUUGUACUGCUGUCCAGGUCCCUCUGGUCACCCCAAAGCCGUCGCCACGGAAAAAGCAAGGGCAGGGAUUUUUGACUUUGUCAGAUUUCUCCAACCGUAGCAGCUAUGUAGAGUAUGUGCAGGAGAACCUGAAGCCGGGGAUGACGGUGCGCAUGCUGGAAGACUACGAGGAGAUCAAUAUCGGAGACGAGGGCGAAUUUCGCCAAAGUAAUAGUGGGAUGCCCCCUGUACAGGUUUUGUGGCAGUCCACGGGCCGCACCUACUGGGUGCACUGGCAUAUGAUAGAGAUUACAGGCUCCGGGGAGCAACCUGAAGAGGAGGCUGCCCAAGAAAAGGUCUCCAAUAUAACAGAGAACCUGCAGCUACACACAGUUACUAAGACCUUCUACUGCAAGCCACUCGGAGGACUGUACUCUCUACCAUACCUGACGGAUCGGAUGAAUGAGAACUCUGGGACGCUGAGCCGGGCUGAAUGGUGGGAGCUCCUCUUCUUCAUUAAGAAGCUAGAACAGCAGGAGCAGCAGGAAGUGGUCCAGUUCAUCCAGCAAAAUCACGAAGAGGCGGUGUCGGAGCUAGAUGAAGAGGGCCUGAUCCAGCUGUCGGUGUCAGUAGAGUUGGCUAAGAAGGUGCUGCAGCUCCUGAGCAAGUACUGCCAGGGCUGCACCUGCAGCGACCUGCAUAGCUCUCACGUCUAUCUCAAGUAUUCCUUCAGCAAAGGAGGGACAGAGCAGAACUGCCAAAAUGUGGACGUUACGCCCCUGGAUUGUGGCGGCCUUUCUGAAGGCAUGGCGUCCAAAAAGCCAAAGAAGGAGUCGCUCUCGGCUGAAGUGCCUUCUCCAGCUCCAUCGGCGGCAGAGAAGACUGACACACAGCUGAUUAACGAGCUCCUCAAAGUGGAAGGCCUUUCAUUUCCGGACACGUUGGAUGAAAAAGCCAAGACUUUUUGCAGCCUCAAGGUGACAGGGAAGAGGAACUCACUGGAGAAGCUAGCAGAUGUUGUGGAUAUAAUCCAGAAAUCUAGUUCUGAGGUUGCGCUGCAGAUGGCUGGACUCAGAUUCAUCACCAAGAUCUUGGAGGAUGAACCUGGUCAAGAGAGACAAGUCAUCAAAGUGGACAGUGGUCCUUCAGUCAGAGAGAAAAUGGUGAAGAUGCUGGUGGAGCUGCUGAGCAACCAAGUGAAGGAGAAGCUGCUGGUGGUGAUGGCACUGCGCCUGCUUUAUGUGUUCAUGGCAAAGUACGAUUGGAGAGUUCUCUUUGCCACGGAAGGCGGGGUGCGUGCCGUGUUGGGCUGCAUGCAGGAAUAUCCCGCAUCGGCAUUGGUCCAGCAGGCUGGCUUAGCAGCCCUGAAAGUCCUGGUGGGUGCUGGGAAUUGUGAGCUUCUGGGCAGCAGUGGGAAGGCUAACCCUCUGAACCACUCAGAUGCCCAGAUGAUGCGGGAGAUCUUUGCUAGCAUUGGUUCUGCUUCUGGCAAGGAUUCGGAUAACUUGCUCUGUGUCAUCUGUACAGCUAUUGAGAAGAUGUUGGGCACACCUGGGGCUUCAUCAGCAGUGCAGAAUGGACUCUUGGUGCUGAACAUGCUGAUCAACCAUCACAAGGGCCUGGCGGAGCAGCUAGGAAACUCUGACCUCCACACCAUCCUGCAGAGCUGCUGCCGAGCUGGCCAGAGCUCCAACGAGAUCCUGGCUCGGAUAGUGCUGAAGAGUCUGGCUGAACAUAAGUUGCCACUGAGCCAGGAGAAUGCAGAGUCUGAGACCUCCUUUGAGCUGAAGGACAUGGAUGUCCCCACCCUGCUGAAAAACCUCCAGGAGACCAACUUCUCCAAGGAGGUGGUGCUAGCCCUGGAACGCUGCCUUUGUGAUGAGGGUGUCUGCCCUGAGGGCAAUGGCACCGAGCUUUUGCCAGACCGUGAGCACUUCUUGAUGUUGAUGAAAACCCUUGAACAGCUGGGAGCCGAGAAGACUGUGCAGAUGGGCAUGCUGAGGAUUUUGAAUAAGUUUUUGGACAGUACCCAAGAGGAUGCACUGCCCUGGCAUGAGUGCAUUGAGCCCUGCCUGUCCUCUCUGAGCGCCAACAGCAAUGACCGGGAGGUUGUGCAGGAGUUCAUUCGCUUCCUGCAUCGCCUGGCCACCACAAACAAAGACUGUGCCGUGGUGAUGAGUCGCGUGGGCACAAAGGAGGCGCUCACCAAAGCGAUGGACAGGUACAACUCCAAUCUGCUGCUAGUGACGGAGCUGCGCGACCUGGUGACCGACUGCGAGAAAUACGCCAGCCUUUACAAGAAGAUGACCACCAGCAUCCUGGCUGGCUGCAUCCAGAUGGUUCUGGGUCAGAUAGAGGAGCACAGGAGGAGCCACCAGCCUAUCAACAUCCCUUUCUUUGACGUGUUCCUGCGCAACCUUUGCCAGGGUUCCAACGUGGAGGUGAAGGAAGACAAGUGUUGGGAGAGGGUGGAAGUCUCCUCAAACCCCCACCGAGCCAGCAAGCUGACGGAUAGGAACCCAAAGACAUACUGGGAAUCCAAUGGCAGCACUGGCUCCCACUACAUCAAUGUCUACAUGCAUCGUGGAGUGGUGGUCAGGCAGAUGACUCUGCUAGUGGCCAGUGAGGACUCCAGCUACAUGCCAGCCCGGAUCGUGGUCAUGGGAGGAGAGAACUCUUCCAACAUCACUACCGAGCUCAUUACUCUGAAUGUCCUGCCAUCAGCCAGCAGGGUGGUUCUUUUGGAGAACAUGGCCCGCUUCUGGCCCAUCAUACAAAUCAAAAUCAAGCGUUGUCAGCAGGGGGGCAUUGACACUCGCGUGCGUGGCAUCGAGGUGCUGGGCCCCAAGCCCACCUUCUGGCCCAUCUUCAAGGAGCAGCUGUGCCGGCGCACGUACCUCUUCUACACCACCAAGGCGCACACCUGGUGCCAGGAAAUCUCGGAGGACCGGAUGCAGCUGCUGCAGCUCUUCAACAGGUUGAACAGUGCCUUGCGCCACGAGCAGGUCUUUGCCGACCGCUUCCUUCCCGACGACGAAGCUGCCCAGGCCCUGGGCAAGACCUGCUGGGAGGCUCUGAUCAGCCCUUUGGUGCAGAGCAUCACCACUCCAGAUCCCAGCGGCAUCAGCCCCCUUUCCUGGCUCCUGAGCCAAUACCUGGAGAACCUGGAGGCUUCCCGGAGCAGCAAAAGCCGGGCGGCCAUCUUCAACUCUCGCGUCCGGCGCCUGAGCCACCUGCUGGUGCACGUGGACUCCAGCAGCCCUGAGCCCGAGGAACUCAAGCCCCCCGUGAAAUCCAAUGGGAAGAAUGGGAAGAACAAAGAGUCCAGCUCUGGGACCGUCAAGGCAGCUGUGAAGAAGCCCAGCAGCACCAAUGGCAUCACCCAGUGCUGGAAAGGGGUGGUCCAGCAGCAGGUGAAGCUGUUCCUGGAGUCCUCCUGGCAGGCCCCGGACUUUGUGGAGCGCUACUGCAAGACCUACGUGCGCCUCCGCACCGCCAUGGAGGAGCUCUUUGGGCAGCAGAUGUCCUUCAUGCUGGCCCUGUGCCACGGCUUCUCGGGGGGUCUGCUGCAGCUCUCCUUCCUGACAGCCAUGCAUGUGAGUGAGCAGUUUGCCCGCUACAUCGACCGGUGGAUCCAGGAGAGCUGGGCGGACUCUGGCAACGUGGAGACUUUGCGGCGCCUGCAGCAGAGCCUGGAGCCCGUCCUCUUCCUGGCAGGCCUGGAGUUGGCCAACACCUUUGAGCACUUCUACCGGUACUACCUGGGAGACCGGCUCCUGUCGCAGGGCAAGACGUGGCUGGAGCGUGCGGUGGUGGAGCACAUUGGGCUCUGCUUCCCCAACCGCUUCCCCCAGCAGAUGCUGAAGAACCUGAGUGAGCUGGAGGAGCAGCAGCAGCAGUUCCACCUCUUCCAGCUGGAGCAGCUUGACAAGCACAUGCUGGAACUCGACCAGGAUGGGAGCUGGGAGGCGGAGGAGGAGAUGGAGGAAGGAGAGAUGGUGGAGGCGCAGCAGCUGUUCUCUCAGGAGGAAGAGGCCGAGGUGAAGGUGCUGGCGCUGUCUCCACGCUGUUGGACCAUCUCCUCGUUCUGCUACCUGGAGGAUCCUGCCCGGUUCUUCCCAGAAUCCCUUAGUCAGCACCUGAGCAAGUUUGCUGACUUCUACACCCAGAGUCAGAGCCGCUUUGGGCUGGAGCACACCAAGCCGCGGCGUUUGCAGUGGACGUGGCUGGGCCAUGCGGAGCUGGAGUACCAGGGCUGCCUCCUGCACGUCUCCACCCUGCAGAUGUACAUCCUCCUCUGCUUCAACACCGCCGAGGAGGUUUCGGUGGACACACUGUUACAAGCCACGGAUCUUUCCCCCGUCCUCCUGCAUCAUGCGCUGAAACCUCUAACGAAUGAGAAUGGGAUCCUGACCCAGAGUCAGAAUGUCUUGAGGCUGAAGGAAGGGACGCUGAGUCAAAUGUCCGGCCAGCGCCUGUGGCUGUUGCCCAAGCAGACCUACUUGAACGUGGAAGAGAAUGAGGGCAGUGCUCUGGAGAGGAAGAGGAACAUCAUCUGCUGCCUCCUUAUCCAGAUCUUGAAAGAAGAGAAAGAGAUACACAUUGACAACCUGGUGUUCAAGGUGAUCGAUGCCUGCCAGAAAUGGGAGUCUGGCUCAGCUCUGAAGUUCUUGAGCUUCUGCUGCAGCAGCACGGAUGUCCUGUCCUGCAUCUUGCACUUGCUGAGCCAGGGCUACAUCCUGCGGCAGGAAGAGAACCCGCAGCUGCUGGAGUACAUCUGUGCUGAGCCCACCACACCUCACCGGGGCCAAGCUCAGCUCAUCUUCCAGAGCACCGAUUGCCAAAAGGCCAAGGCUUCUUCUGGGACAGACCCUGGCAACAAAUUGCCUUUCAGGUUAGAUGCCUUUGGCCUCGGCACAGAACAGGUUCUUAUGGAGACGGUGUUGCUGCCCAUGGGGCGCACAAUGAGCCAAGACGAAGUUGGGGUGCUGAUGAACCAGACGGUGCAGAGGGUCUCAGAUACCCUGAGCGUGACGGCAGAUGUAGCCCAGCACCUGCUUAUACACUGUAAAUGGAACGUGGAUGUUCUGAUUCAGCGCUACACAGAGGAUCCAGAGGUGCUCCUGUUCUCCUCAGGGAUGCAAGUGCGAAACCCCCAGGAGCCCUCGAGCCCUGUCACUCACUGUCCAGUCUGCGUGAAUCUGCUGGGUCAAGAUGACAACCCACCUGUUCUCUGCUGCAUGCACUACUGCUGCAAGUCCUGCUGGAAUGAAUACUUGACAACUCGGAUUGAACAGAACCUGAUUCUGAAUUGUACAUGUCCCAUAACUGACUGCCCUGCGCAGCCGACUACUGCCUUUAUCCGCUCUAUCAUUUCCUCCAAGGAGGUCAUUGCCAAGUAUGAGAAAGCGCUCCUGAGGGGUUAUGUUGAAUGCUGCUCAAACCUGACCUGGUGUACCAACCCCCAAGGUUGCGAUCAGAUCCUCUGCAAGGAAGGUCUUGGCUGUGGAGAAGCCUGCUCAAAGUGCUCUUGGGUCUCCUGCUUCAACUGCAAUUUCCCAGAGGCUCACUAUCCCGCCAGCUGCAGCCAUAUGUCCCAGUGGAUGGAUGACGGUGGGUUUUAUGAAGGGAUGACCGUGGAAGCCCAAAGCAAGCACCUGGCCAAACUCAUCUCCAAGCGCUGCCCAAGCUGCCAAGCCCAAAUAGAGAAAAAUGAGGGCUGUCUGCAUAUGACUUGUGCCAAAUGUAACCAUGGAUUUUGCUGGCGCUGCCUGAAGCCUUGGAAACCAACCCACAAGGACUAUUAUAAUUGUUCUGCUAUGGUGAGCAAAGCAGCUCGACAGGAGAAGCGUUUCCAAGACUAUAAUGAAAGGUGUACCUUCCAUCAUCAAGCAAGGGAAUUUGCCAUGAACUUGCGAAAUAGGGUUUCCACUGUCAGUGAUGUGCCACAGAUUCGGUCCUUGACGUUUGUCGUUGACACCUGCAAAAUGCUGGAACAAGCGCGGAAAGUGCUGGCUUACUCCUGUGUAUACAGCUACUAUAACCAGGACACUGAAAAGAUUGACAUCAUGGAGCAACAAUCAGAGAACCUGGAGCUGCACACCAAUGCUCUGCAAAUCCUUUUGGAAGAGAUGUUGCUGCAGUGCCAGGAUCUUGCCUCUUCGAUUCGGCUGCUCAAAGCCGAGCAUUUUAAUACAGGUCUAGAGCUGGUGCGCAGGAUCCAAGAACGACUCCUAGCAAUUCUGCAGCAUGCCACACAGGACUUCCGUGUGGGAUUCCAAACCCGACAAGGCUCUGAACAGAGGGAGAUGAAGUUAUCCAAUGUGCCUAAUGCCACGCCUACUUAUAAAGAGCUUGUUUUCGAUGAGGCAUCCGAUUCAGCCGACACAGAUGAUGGUGGCAAAGAGGAAGAGGAUGACGACGAGGAUGAAGACGAAGAAUACGUCCCCGAGUGGCAGGAGGAGUACGAUGACGAAGAUCUCGAUGAUGACAAUAUUUCUUACGAUGAUGAAUCGGAGAAUCUGGAGAGGGAUUCUUUCUUUUUUGACGACGCUUACUAGUAGAGUUGGCCUCCUGGCACCCCAAAUUCACACCAGAGAAUCCUGGAGUAAAACAUUGCCUGUCACUCAGACAGCCUUGUCCUGGCUGCACUCUCUGCUCUGCUUCUGUCAUAGUCCAAGGACAGCAAGGAGAAAUAGAUUUCAGUCAGGCGGGAGUUUGUAUGGUAGUUUACAACAAAAGGGUGCUUUCCUCUUUGAGAUGGCUGGUUGUGACUCUCUUGGUACAACUUGCAGGGCUGCUGUGCCCGGUUACAUAGGAACUUCAUCAGCUCUUGGCACAAGCGGUGGUGGGGAGGGUGUGUUCUUUGUCAUCUGUGAGCUUUUUUUCCAUGCUCUUCCUUGGGGAAUGAAACCAAGUACCAAUCUAGCAACAGGUCCAGCCAUUAUCUCGUCCCAUUACAGGCUUCAACCUUGAGAGAUUCAGGGCACACCACAUGCCAUUUAUGUCCGUGUGAAAAGUUGCACACCACUCUUGCCUGUAUUUCCUAUAUCUUCUUUCCACACUUGCUGCUAUCACCCAGGAAUCCAGCCUUGGCAAAACCUACUUGAUUUCAUAAUCUAGCCUGACAAUGGCGAAUGCCCCAGGAAUCAUAGUGACACAGCCUUGAGUGCCAGUUUUUUAGCCCAGUGGCUUUUGGUUCUCAGUAGUGAUGUUCCCUGUGGGGUAAAGACAUGGAAUGUGCACCCACCACACAUGGACGCACAAAGUAUUUCUUAAGGGCCUCUGUCUGCCAAGGCAAUUCUCAUUUCUGUUCUAGCACACGUCUGAAAACUAGGGGCGGAGUUUUUCACUCCUUUGCAGCGAAAAGCUCUCUGCUGGAUUGAGUGACCAGGGAGGAAUGUUCUAACUAGAGAGAAGGUAAUUUAGGUCAUUGGGUGUGUUUGGAGAUGAGAGCUGGUGAAAUAGUUAAAGAAUUUUUUUGAAAUAGAGCUCAAGUGCCCUGCUCUGAGUCUGACAGGUAGUUCUGUGGGUUGCCAGCACUCUUGAAUGGACAUGGUUUUGAGUGUACCUCUUUCGUUGAGAGGUCAGUUUUCUGUGGGGUUGUUUUUUUUUUUUUGUUGUUCCUUUGUCAUUGGAAUCGUCUUCUCUUCCUUCAGAUAGGAAUUCUGCAGGAUGUAGAGGUUCAGAGGGUUCAUAUAUAUAUAAUAAAUAUAUAUAUACACACAUAUAUAUAUAUAUAUGAAGAAGCUGAAAUUGUUCAGAUUAUUAUGCUUUAUCUUUUCUUGAAAAAUCAAAAAGAAUCCUGAAACAACAAGAUUAUACACCACCUGUUUAUGUAAUAAACAGUUUUUUUCUUUUA